AUGGAUUGGUUAGCAAUGUUCAAAGACAAGAUUGAUUGUGAGAAGCAGAAGAUUCACUUGAAAACUAGCUUAGAAAAGGUAGUAUCCUAUCGCCAUUUUGGGAACCCUGGGAGUGUAGGAAUCAUCACGGCAAUGGAACUUGUGAAGCUAGUCAAUAAAGGAAACCUUAUUUCCUUAUGCAAUGUGAGAGACUUAGAGCAUGUGAUGAAGGAACAACCAGAGGACAUUGCAGUGGUAAAUGAAUUAUUGGACGUGUUUUCGGAAGAGAUCCUGGGAAUGUCGCCCAACCGACCUAUUGACUUUACCGUAGACCUAAUACCCGAAACUGCACCGAUUUCAAAAUCCCCAUACCGGAUGGCUCCGGCAGAGAUGAGUGAAUUGAAAGGUGAACUGGAAGAAUUACUAGAGAAAGAAAGGUGCUAUGAAGAUGGUAUGCUUGCUAUGGGAUUAGGUCUAGGUGACAUAGAUGACGAUUAUGAGUAUGAAAUGGAAGAAAAUGAGAAAUUGAAUGAUUAUGGUGAAGUUGUUGAGUUAUUAAAGCGAGUCUUGGAUGAGCAAGGAAUAUCCAAUAUUGUUAGGCAACUAGCCACAGUACUUCAGAACCUAGCAGAGACUAGGAAAAAUUCAAUUAAUGACCCUGCUAGGGAAAUGUUCAAGAUGGUAGUCCAGAGUAAUCUUCCACUGUACCAAGGGGAGUUUGACCCAAGUGUACUGGAGAACUGGCUUAGAAAGUUUGAUAAAUUGAUGGUUGUUGUAAACUGUCCAGGGAAACUUAGGGUUAAUAAUGUUGUCUAUUACCUUAUGGGAGAAACUGAUUUGUGGUGGCAAGUGUCUAAAGAAGAAGUUGCAGUGAAUCCUGCCAAGUUUAAGGUUAAUAGUGAAUGGCCUACACCAAAGAGUGUCACUGAAAUUCGAAGGUUUCUUAGUUUAGCUGGAUAUUAUAGACUCUUUGUGCAAUACUUGUCUAGGAUAGCCAAACCAAUGAGAAAUGACACCAAUUGGGUUGUGGUAGAUAGACUGACCAAGCCAUCAGUGUUUAUACCAAUGAAGAGACCUAGAAAGAUGGAGCAACUUGCUAAGGCUUGCAUUAAGUAUGUUGUGAGAGUACAUGGAGUUCCUAAGGAUAUCGUGCCAGAUAGGGAUUCAAGGGUUCUUUCAAUCUUCUGGGAAAGUGUACAGAAGAAAUUUGGCACGACAUUGAAAAUGAGUAUAGUGUUCCAUCCAUCCACAUAUGGACAAACUGAGAGAACCAUUUAG